AUGGACAAUCAAGAGUGGAUUCUACACUUCUCAGCCCAUUCUGCGGUCCACCGUUAUGCAUCUGAGAUCCACGAUAGCAACGACCGGCAUCGAGAGUCUCUUGUUGCUCCCGAUAACAGUGACAUUGUACCUAGGCCUGCCACUGUGACCACUGGAUAUGACAACCUCUUCCAAAACAUCUUUGAUGGCAAUCCGAACACCAACUCUACACCAACCCGCCGUAUCGUUUCUCCCCCCUUCUUUGAGCAUGGGUUGCUCGACAAAAUGCGCAAUCCAUUGGCCCACGAUGCCGGCAACGAAUCCAUUAAUACUAUAUCAUCCGGAAACAUGUUCAAUCAAGGAAAUAUCGCACAAGGUGUACAGCUAGGACAAGUCACGGUCAGUCACCAUGGUCAGGAGGAGACUGGGAUUUGGGAUGCCGGACAUGGAGUGGCUGACUUUCAGCGGGCAAUCGAUAAUCUUGUUACCCAACCUCUUUUGGACUCCUCGCGCUGCUUUGAUUACUUGAAUUCUAACUUCCAGUCCAACCUUAGCUAUCAGACAGACCUCAUGUUCCAACCCGAACCCAAUAUCAACGUCAAUCUUCUACCCGACUACAAUCUUCGUCCCGACUUCAGUUUUAGGCCCGAAUCCAGUCAUACGUCAAACCUUGCCAGCCAGCAAAACCUUAUCAUUCAGCCUGACUUCAAUAUUCAGCCCGAUCCCAACAUUAUGAUCGAUCUCAAUAUGAUGCCCGACCCGAGUCUCCAGUUCAAUGUGAAGUCGCAGUCAAACCCAGCUUUACAGUGUCAAUCCUACCACGAUGUCUCAGCGCAACCAUAUUUACAGCCUGAUGUUAACAGAACAGUUCUUUGUCCUGCAGCUGAAGUGCAUAGCGCCUUGAAUCCGGGCACUGUUGGCGCAAACCUUCUGCAUGAAGACAUCGACAAUGAUGAGAACAGUGCCACCUAUGAUUCGAGGCCCGAGUUGAGGAAUAUAGCCGUCAACGACGGCUCUUCGGUGCAAGCCACUAUUGCCAGGCGAGCUCAAACAUUGAAUGUUAGCGGGGUCGCCAACAGAAAACAUCGAUAUUCGGAGGCAGAUUGGAAAUACAUGCGUGAUAAUCACAUCAGACGGCUACGAGUUCAAUACAAGCACACUGUGGACGAGAUCGCGUUCGAGCUUGAGGCAAUCCACAACUUUCCCACUUCAAGUAGCACAUUGGCAAAAAAGUUUGGCCAAUGGGGGCUAGAGUUCAACCGAAACGGAACCGACUGCUCUGAAGGGGAGCCUCGCCGCCGAGCAGCGCGAGCUUUGCGUGGUAAAUGGAAGAAAUCCUCGGGCCCUAGUCUCGUCUUCUUCCUUGUCACCAUCUUCAAGAAGCAGUUCAAAGGGAUAGGUGGGGAAAGCCUACCGUCAGGUUUAACUUUUAAACCAUAUCAAUAUAGUGAGAAAAUACUCCAUGAGCUCGACAUAUUUAUUAAGGGGUGCUUUGAUGAAGGCACUAAUGGUAAAGGGUGGACUUACGGCACUUCCUCUUUCAUUCCACCUAGCGGGGCUGCUGCAAACUCGAAACUCUGGAAACUUCUGGCUGCCGAUUGCGCUGGCAUUAAACUUCUCGGAGACGCUUUACUGGCCGAGCAAGUCCUUCACCUCUUCGGGAAGAUCUUGAGACGCGCGAAAGCAGCUGCGCAGACUUGCGAUCCCAACUUCCUCAUCCAUUUCUGGACAAUAUGUCAGUCUCUUUGCGAAUUGCGAUAUCCCAGGCGUCAUGAUUUCACCUUGCUACGGAUAUUCCUCGCACAACUAAGGGAUUCGUUUCUGGGGUCUUUUGGACGCCAUCCCUUGGUUAAUUUCUUGGAGCUAUUACUCCAAGUCUUGUAUUUCUCGCUGAAAGACUUCCGGCCAACAAUUGGCCUUGCGUAUUGGAAAACCAUCGACGCCCUUGUGAAAUCUGCUGGCGUCCCAUAUGAUCAUCGGAUUAUACUAAAGAUGGGAUCUCAAUGUACAAGGCAAUGGAAGAGCAAGUUCCAAGCGCGUACAGAACUACUCGAGUCACAUUAUAAGACACUCAUUGCGACGUUAGACUCCCGAACCGAUACCAGUCCAGAGCAAAAGGUCAGACUUCUGCAUGAUUACAUCGAAGCUAUAUCAAAGCCUCGGUUCAAUUACCCCGAUGUCGUCGAGCAAGCCACGUGUCUUUGGAUUCAAAGUAGGGCGCUUUGUAGGGACCGCGUAGGAGAUCAAAACCUGCGGUGGACAAAGCACGGCCAACCAUUUGCGUUUGCUACGGAACUGGUCGCGUUGCACCACAUAAACGAGCAUGGAAAACCUAUUUCUCCAAAACCAGAUCGCGACACAGGCUUUCGGUACGUGAGCGAGGCAAUCGAUAUACUGCGGCUGGGAGACCUCUGGUGUCAGAUUCGCGCUUUUGCAUUCUCAAGACAGCUGCGACUCUGGAUGAAGGCUUUUCACGCCCCCAAAUCUAAGCAGUGCAUCUGCGAGCGCCAACAAACUAUGGACAUGUCAGCAAAUGGACAGCAAAUGCCAUUGAACGUGCUGGAAGUAGUCCAGAUUGGGGCGAAGCAAGUUUGA